AUGGCCAAUUCCUCGCAACUAAAUCCGUUCCUGCUGGUCUUCAACGACGUCACUUGCGCUGGCUGGGCGUAUGUGUUGUACCUAACAAUGAAAACGGUCCUCAAGGCGCGUGAAGGUGACAAUCUGGACUGGAGCCAAGUAGCACAAAUCACGUGGGACGUUGUGUCACUGCUGCUUAAAGUGGUUCAGACUAUGGCCGUAAUGGAUAUCGUGCACGAUGCCGUGGGCUUUGUGCGCUCCCCAGUGGGCUCUACAAUCAUGCAAUUGCCGCGCUACUCUUUUCAUGCACUUAAUUUGUACUACGCCGUACCCAGCUUCCUCUUUUUAUAG